AUGGACGAGUAUCCCUUCAAGACACCCGGAAGCAUCCCCUUCAAGUGGGAGAUCAAACCCGGACUUCCCAAAUCAACCGUUCAUAGCAAUUCUUCCGGCAACUCGCCGCCGGAGAACCUCAUUCCACCACCCUGCAUGUGCAUGGCCUCCGUCUCCCUCUCUAAGUCGCGCUCUCUGUCCGACUCCACCUCCAAUAAUCUCAUCGGUACCUCAUCUCCUUCCAUCGGUCGGUCGUCAUUUUUUUGGCAUAAAGAAAUUGACACCUUCUUCCACCGCUCUUCCUUGCACUCGCCGUCACGGCAGGCUGCCAAAGCGCAGCCUUCAAUAGCGCAAUUGCAGGCGACUUGGGUUCCGCCCGGAUGCUUCCAUGUGCCGUCCUUGAAGCGGAAGGAUUAUAAGAAUAAUUCUAAUGGCGUUAAGGUGUCGUCGCCUUGUCGGACGAGAAUGAGUUCAGCGACAUCCUCGCCCUCCGUGAAGAGCUCCGCUUCGGAGGCUGCAGAUUGA